GGACUUGGACUCGCUGCAAAGGCCGAGAAGCCAAGACGUCGAUGUGUUUGGUCACAGGACUGUAGGACGUGGUCAGUCGGGAUCUGCUCACCAAACCGGCGAGUUUACCCUCGAAAAGAGUGGAUUCAACGAUUAUAACAAGCCAACCGAAAGAUCUAAUUCGAACGUUUUUAUGACAACAUCUAGGAGUGCGUAUGGACACUCGCAACGCGAAUCGGACGACCUCACUCUGCAGAACAGCGGAUUCAAUGAUUAUCCAAGCGGAUCAACAGAACAUCCACGGCGAGUCAAGCCAAUCAGAAACUAUGGACACUCGGGAUCUCAAGAUUUCACUCUUGAGAACAGUGGUUUCAACGAUGGAGUGAGACCAUUGGCUUCUGGAAACUUGCAACUAAGUCAGCAGACUGAAGAUCUGACUCAGCAGCAAAACAGUUUUGCCAAUUCUGCUGUACUCGAAAGACUGGAUGACUUUGGGGUUGGUGAUCUGACACAACAGGCAGCCAGCCAAAUUGAAUUUGGGCCUGAGAGUCAGGUGGGAAGAGGCUUCUCUUCUCAAAAUGCAGCUAAACCAGAGAGAUACAGCUCUAACAAUCAGAAUAACUCGCAGCAAGGAGGACGCAGGAAUGAGCAUCCCACUGGACAGUACAUUGAAAAUUUGUCUCAACAGCAUCAGCAGCCUUUUGAUAAUACACAAGAAUUUGGGUCUGAUCAAUCUGGUAGAUAUAUUGAAAGUGCUGACAGUCAAACUGAAAGAAGCUACACAAGUGCAGAGAACCAGGGAUAUAUUUCCACUAUUCGACCCACUGUUAGACCAGCACCAAAGCCUGUGCCAAGAUACUCCAGACCCUGGCAAGUCAACAAUAUUAACAAUAUCAAACCACAACAAGUAGAAAGUGAGCAGAGAUCCAGUGAAAAUAUAAAUGCAGGUAUUGAACAAUCUUCUACUCCAAAAAGUGUCAAGCCUCUAAGCAGAGGAGAUUUACCUGGACAGUCAGAACCAACUACGUCAGAAUCCACCACGCCAUCGAUCUAUGACAACAUCCCAGUAACAACUGAAAGGCUAAGCACCACUCCAAAACCAUACGAUGAUUUUGAUUUUGGACAACAUGGACAGUCUGGUGGAGCUUAUCAUUUCAAUCAGCAUCAUAGUUUUCGUCAUAAUUUCUCAUAUACUCAAAACUCUAAUUAUUUCAACCAGCAAGGCAGUAACACUGAUUUAGGUCAAACUAUCCAAAAUCCUUUAAGUCAACUUGAGACCCAAUCACAGACUAAUGGAUAUGGUCUAGACCAGCAAUCUACAUAUAAAUUCCGUGAAGAACAAUCAAGACAUUCCAGAUUUGAGCAAACAUCGUCAACUAAUUAUGACUUGAAUCCUAUAAACUUUGAAAAUAGUCAAUCAUUACAAUCUACAAGCCAAAGUGUUUUCAAUCAGCAAACUCAGUUUCCAUCAUUCGAGCAAUCUGGUCAAUAUGGAUUUGAACAACAGGAAACUAAUCAAAGAUCAGAAGAUCUCUUAGCUGCUGGUGUAAUACCAUUAGAUGAAAGAAGGCCACUUGAUACUUGGCAGGAGAAUACUACAUCACCAACAUUUUGGAAGAAGAUAGGUCAGAAGUUAUCACACUCAUAUGACAAGGCCAAAGAGAAGGCAAAGAAUAUCUUUGGUUGAGAUUAGAGCACAUGGCAAGCAUAACAAGUGUUGCUUACAAUCUAUUUGCUUGUUAUAACUUGACUGUGUGAUUACAUUAAUUUCCACACAUGCGUAAUAAAUCAGAAUCAUGUAUAUUUGUCAUUAUUUCACCCGCAAGGCCUAAUUUAAAUUUAGUAAUAAGUUGUUAUUGAAUCUUUUGAUUGAGUAUUAACUAAGCUUAAAUCUACGCUCUGUGCAUGAACUCAAUAGUCAUCUUUUUCAUGUAUGUACACAUGCAUGUGUGUUUAGUUGUACAACUGUAUUCUUAAUUCAAUGUUAGCAAUGAUAUACCAAGAACAAAUAAACAAAAUGAAAUGCAUACCUCUGGCAAACUCUUGAAGAAUCUGACGAAUCCCUGCUGGGUCGCCGAAUCUGUAAAUCAAAGCACGCAAUAAAGCAUUUUUUAUGUCUAACAGCAUCGCAUAUCGCAGGUUAUAAAAUGGCAUAUAUCUACGAACCCAUGUCAAACUGUUGCUUCGGUUGUACAGCCAUUUUCGCUGGACGUUAAUUAAACUGCGAUUAAUAUGUGAAAUAAAAGUACUCGAU